AUGCAGUCCUCAACUUCAUUCCUCUUUGUCUUCCUUGUUCUUUACCUGUUAUCGGCAUUUGCCCACCCUGGAGAAGGUGAAGAUUACUUGAAGGUUCACAAGUUGCCGGCAACCUCACCUUAUGAAGAUGUCAUGUCCUUUGCUUAUUAUUAUCAGAAAUGUCCAAAAGCUGAAGCCAUUAUUAACCAGAAAGUAAAAGAAUGGAUUAACAAAGAUUACACCCUUGCUGCCAGUCUCAUUAGGUUACACUUUCAUGACUGCUCUGUUAGGGGAUGUGAUGGUUCCAUUCUUUUGAACCAUGAGGGGAGUGAAAGGAAGGCUGAUGUCAGCAAGACAUUGAGAGGGUUCGAAGUGAUUGAUGAUAUCAAAGCAGAGAUUGAGAAGAAGUGCCCUAAAACAGUCUCUUGUGCAGAUAUUCUAACAGCAGCUGCUAGGGAUGCCACUGUUUCGGCUGGAGGUCCUUAUUGGAUGGUCCCAUAUGGAAGGAAAGAUGGGCUAGUUUCUCUUGCCAAAGAAGCCCAAUUGGUGCCAAUGGGUCACGAAGACAUUACUUCUCUGGUUGAGUUUUACCAAUCCAAGGGUUUGAGUGUGCUGGAUUUGGCCAUUCUUUCAGGGGCACACACCAUUGGAAGGGCCACAUGUGGUUCCAUACAAGACAGGCUCUUUAACUACAGUGGCACUGGCAAACCAGAUCCAUCCCUCGAUGCACAAUAUUUGAACUACUUGAAGAGAAAAUGCAGAUGGUCCUCGGACUAUGUUGACCUUGAUGCUACAACCCCAAAGACUUUUGAUUCUGAAUAUUAUUCUAAUCUUCCAAAGAAGAUGGGACUCUUAUCCACAGAUGAAAAGUUGUACACUGAUCCAAGGACUGCACCUCUUGUUAAUGCAUUGGCUUACCAACCAUCUCUCUUUUUCUACCAGUUUGGGGUGUCCAUGGCAAAGCUUGGGAAUGUGCAAUGCCUCCUUGGGAAUGAAGGCGAAAUCCGAACCAAUUGCAAUUUUGUCAACUCCAAAUACUAA